GCAAUGGUUUCGUCUAACUUCAUGUCGUGCUAUUUAAUUCCAGUAAUUAGAAUAAUUUUCCAAUAAUUGAAAAAUCUUAUAAACACUUGAACAAUAAUAAUAAGUUUUAAUAAUUGUUGAUAAUCGAUUCCUCAAAGUAUAAUUUUUGUGUAAUUUUUGACGCAACGUGUGUGGUGUUUGUUUACACGAAAAACGUGUCUGAUUCGAGAACAGCGGCGCGAUAAAACCGGAUUAUUAUAAGUCUUUUAUUUUAACCAUAUAUUAUAUCGUUAAUUUAUAUCACGUAUUUAUUUUUCAUAUAAAUUAAAGAUUAAGCGCUGAUAACAUAGAGAAAGUGAAGAAUCAAAGAAAGUUAAAGUGUUACAUAUCAUCUUUUUGUAUUAUAUAUUAAAUAGAGAAUGGAUUCAUCGAAAUUCCAAAUAGAAAAGGAAAAUAUUUCUAUAAAUUUGUGCAAGAAUUCUUUCAGCGAAGACUUUGCUUCGCAAAGCAACGAAACAUAUACUGACCGCUGUGCAUCUCCAGAACAUCUUAUCAAAAAUGAUCCAAGCAAAAGUACUAAAGAUAAAGACUUACCAAAAGAGAUGACAGAUAUCAUUUUGGAAGAGUCAUCGAUACAAGAAAGCAUGCCUGGUACAAGUAGUGAUAUAUACUAUGAUUUUACUCAACGCUCUACCAUUAAAAAACAAAUAAAAAAAACUAGCAUAUACAAGCCUUCUGAAGAAACCUGCACAGAAAAUGUUGAACAUAAUAAAGAAGUAAGUAAAAUUAGAGCCAAAUCUCCAACCUUUCAUACUACCGGAUUUAGAUCAGCAUCAAAAAAGCCCAAAGUAUGUAAAGCAAAUCCGCAAAGGAAAUUUAAAAAUGGUAAAGAUAGAAUGGAUUCAUUUAAAUUCCAAAUGGAAAAAGAAAUUGAAUUUAUAGAUUUAUGCGAAGACUCUUUUAACAAAGAUUCUGCUUCGCAAAGCGAAGAAACAUAUAAUCAUAGUUCAUUUCUAGAACAGAUUAAUAAAGAUGGUUUGACAACAUCCACUCCAACAAAAUCUAUUUCCUCAGCAUUCACUCUAUCAACAUUCAAUUUACCUGCUGCUUGGAAAAAUUACAAAGAUCAAUGCAUAUUAUUAAAUGAAAUGAAUAAUGAGUAUCUCAUUGCCGGUGUUAAAGUGACCUUUCCCGUUGAGCCAUAUGAUGCUCAAAAAUCUGUUAUGAGAAUAGUCAUUAAAAAUUGCACGAAUUCGACUAAUUGUUUGAUUGAAAGUCCUACCGGAAGCGGGAAAACCUUAGCUCUUCUUUGCAGCACAUUGGCUUGGCAAAUCAGAUUUGUUGAGGAUAUUGAAAGGGCUUUCGAUGACCUCAUGCGUCAAUCACAAACAGUUGGUAAGGAGAAAGAUGAUAAUAAGAAUGAAUGUUGUGGACAAGAUAACAAAGGUUCUUCUACGUCCGAUCCAACAAACCUUACGAGUACUAACAAAUUAAAUGAACCUUAUUACGAAAGUAUGAUUAACUUGUGCGAUGUUUUUAGCGAUAAAGAGGGAAAAUACAAAACGAUACCAAAAAUUUUUUAUACGACCAGAACGCAUCGUCAAAUAAAACAAGUCGUGAAGGAACUUGGUAGAACCGUCUAUAAAAAUACUAAAAUGACUAUAUUAAGUAGUCGUGAGCAUACUUGCAUUCAAGAUGUUCCUGGAAAUAAAACUGAGCAUUGCUAUAAUCUACUAGAUCCGGAAAAGCCAUCUGAGUGUCACUAUUACAACAGUACGAAUAAAAAGGAUUUAUCAAAUUUUACUCAAUUGAAAUCUACAGGAAUUUCGAUGCCGUUCGAUAUAGAAGAUUUAGUUGAAGUCGGUAGAACGAAUAAUCUAUGUCCAUAUUUUGCAUCUAAAAAUUUACUUGAAGAUGCAGAAAUAAUUUUUUGUCCAUACAAUUAUAUCAUUGAUCCAGAAAUUCGGGAUAUCAUGCAAAUCAAUUUAAAAAAUCAUGUGGUCUUAUUCGAUGAGGGUCAUAAUAUCGAAGAAAUCUGUCGGCAAGUUGCUGGUGCCAAAUUUACAACAGUCGAACUAGAAUUUAUCAUAGAAAAUUGCAAUGGGUUACUUCUUCAACAAUUCAUUGAUUAUGCUGAACGUGACGCCUAUAAUACCAUCAAACACUAUAUAACAAUACUCAACGAGUUCAUAAAUCAAACUCCUCUCUCCUGUUCGCAAAAUGGUAUGGCAAUGACCAGUACUAUCUGGACGGGUAACCAAUUAAUAGGAUUAUUGGAAAUGAACGACAUUGGUUUGCAAGAAAUCACGAAACUAUCAUCGGCUACACGAUUUGUAAUAGAUGAAUUUAAUAAAGCGAAAGAAGGCGUUCAUAAGUCUAAAUCGAAGAAAAUAAAAUUAACAAUUUCACGGACAACAAAAAUCCUUCUUCACCGUCUGACCCUCGCUUUAAAGACAAUAGGAACGCAAGAGUAUGAAAAUGAUUAUAAAGCUUAUAUAGACGAAUCGCUCUGUUCGGAUCUAGCUGACAAAGAAAGUUGGAUACUAUCACAAAUGGUAGGAAAACGUUUAAGAACAUUUAGGUUGAUUUGUUUGAACUCGGCUAUCAUAUUUGGCCCUUUGGCACGAGAGGCCAGAUCAAUUAUUUUAGCAUCAGGUACCUUAACCCCAACGGAAUCUUUUGAAAGUGAACUUGGAACCAAAUUUUCCGAUAUCCAUUGUACCAAUCACGUUAUCAGCAAAGAUCGGGUGUUUGUAAAAUGCGUGCCAAGGGGACCAGGUGGAACGCUUCUAAAGGCUAACUUUACCAAUGUGAAUACUUGGCAAUUCCAGGAUGAGCUAGGGCAAUUAAUAGUUAAUAUCAUUGAAACUGUACCUCAUGGAGUAUUAUGUUUUUUUUCAUCAUAUAUAAUGAUGAAUAACCAAAUCAAUAGAUGGAAAGUUACUAAUAUUUGGAAACUCAUUCAAAAAUAUAAAAAGAUCUUUGUGGAACCUCGGGAGGGCUCUAAUCUAAAAGAUAUAAUGACACAAUAUCGAGAAGUAAUAAACGAAACCUCUGAAAUAAAUGUUGAUAAUAAGGAAGGCCAUUCAGGUGCCAUUUUAUUUGCCGUAUUUCGUGGCAAAGUUUCCGAAGGUAUCGACUUUAGCGAUAAUGAGGCGCGUUGCGUUGUUACGGUCGGGAUCCCUUAUCCUGUAAAAAAUAACAAGGAUGUCCAAAUGAAGUGGGAGUACAAUGACAAGAACACUUCGAGAGGACUACUUAAAGGUUCCGACUGGUAUAAUAUCCAAGCUUUUAGGGCUUACAACCAAGCGUUAGGUCGAUGCAUUCGGCACAAAAAUGAUUGGGGUGCCAUUUUAUUGGUAGACGAAAGGUUUCUAAUGCAAUCAUACCAGAGUAGUUUACCCAAAUGGACACGUAAUUCGCUACAAAAAAAUAGUAAAGGUGAAAAUAUUAUGGAGGAAUUAAAAGUUUUUGUCCGGUCGAAAAAGACGCUAUUAUUGGAAGAUGUGAAUUAACUUGUGUAAAAAUAAUACUCUUUUUACAAUGUUACCGUUAAAAAGCAUUUAAUUAAAUUAUUUCAUAAAAUAAUCAGAUAUUUUGUAAAAUAAUCUAUUGUUUUGGGAAAGCAUAUAAUAAGAAUUUUAUUAUACACAUUAUUUUUAUUUUCAUAGUGUCGAAGGAAAUUUAAUUGAAUCCCUUAAAUCAAUAGAAAAACCUUAUCUCGAAAUUACAUAAUCUUUGCUUGGAAGGCCUAAAAAUAGAUUAACGGAUAUACCACUUUAACGGUAACAUAUAGGCGAUAUGAUGUAUGCGAUAGACAAUAAUGUUGAUUGAGACUUUGUUUAUUAAAGUUUAGUUAAAGAAGCAGAAAUAAUUUUUUGUUCGUGCAAUUAUAUCAUUGAUCCACACAUUCGAGAAAGCGAGCGUAAGACUCAUGUUUCAGUUUUCAUUUAUUAAAAUUGCAUUUAAAAACAAAAUUGAAUUAAUCUAUUUCAA